CGUGGUCACCGCCCGCAGCCUCGACCGGGAGACGAAGGACACCCAUGUGCUAAAGGUGACCGCCUCUGACCACGGCUCCCCGCGCCGCCGCUCAGCCACAACCUAUCUGACGGUGACCGUGAGUGACACCAAUGACCAUGAGCCGGUGUUUGAGCAGCCUGAGUACCGGGAGAGCAUCCGGGAGAACCUGGAGGUGGGUUAUGAGGUGCUGACCAUCCGUGCCACCGACGGUGAUGCCCCAGCCAAUGCCAACAUGCUUUACCGCCUGCUGGAGCCAGGAGCUGGUGACGGGGUCUUUGAGAUUGACCCGCGCUCCGGGGUUGUGAGGACCCGAGCCCCGGUGGACCGCGAGGAGGUCUCCGAGUACCACCUGGUGGUGGAAGCCAAUGACCAGGGCAAGGAUCCAGGACCGCGCAGUGCCACGGCUAUGGUGCACAUCACUGUAGAGGACGAGAAUGACAACUACCCUCAGUUCAGUGAGAAGCGCUACCUGGUCCAGGUGCCAGAGGAUGCCCCAGUGAACAGUCAGAUACUGCAGGUGCAGGCCACAGAUCGGGACCGGGGCAGCAAUGCACAGGUGCACUACAGCAUUGUGAGUGGCAACCUGAAAGGCCAGUUCUACAUCCACUCUUUCUCUGGCGCUAUCGACCUGAUCAACCCUCUGGAUUAUGAGACUAUUCGGGAGUACACACUCCGGAUCAAAGCCCAGGAUGGGGGCAGGCCUCCACUGAUCAACUCCAGUGGCAUGGUGUCGGUGCAGGUUGUGGAUGUGAAUGACAAUGCUCCCAUCUUUGUGAGCACUCCCUUCCAGGCCACGGUGCUGGAGAAUGUUCCGCUGGGCUACUCGGUGCUACACAUCCAGGCUGUGGAUGCUGACUCCGGGGAGAAUGCCCGCCUGGAGUACAAACUUAUAGAGAUGGCACCGUCCACCGGAGGUGCCCCUGUAGCAGGUGACUCUGGGUUCCCUUUUCAGAUCAACAACAGCACAGGGUGGAUCACGGUGGCUGCAGAGCUGGACCGAGAGACUGUGGAGAACUAUCACUUUGGGGUGGAGGCCAGGGACCAUGGCAUGCCAGUCAUGACCUCUUCAGCCAGCGUGUCCAUCACUGUCCUGGAUGUGAACGACAACAACCCCACCUUCACGGAGAAGGUUUAUCACCUCAGACUGAAUGAGGACGCAGCUGUGGGCAGCAGUGUCCUGACCCUGACAGCAGUGGACAGGGAUGUUAACAGUGUUGUGACUUACCAGAUCACCAGUGGCAACACCAGGAACCGUUUUGCCAUCACCAGCCAGAGUGGAGGGGGGCUGAUCACGCUGGCCUUACCCCUGGAUUAUAAGCAGGAAAGGCAGUAUGUGCUCACAGUCACUGCCUCUGAUGGCACUCGCUUUGACACCGUCCAGGUCUUUAUCAAUGUUACGGAUGCCAACACGCACCGCCCAGUGUUCCAGAGCUCCCACUACACAGUGAGUGUCAGCGAGGACAAGCCCAUUGGCACCUCUAUUGUCACCAUCAGUGCCACCGAUGAAGACACAGGGGAGAACGCAAGAAUCACUUACAUUUUGGACGAUAACAUCCCCCAGUUCCGUAUCGACCCUGACACAGGCACCAUCACCACCCUGAUGGAGCUGGACUACGAGGACCAGGCCUCCUACACGUUGGCCAUUACAGCCCAUGACAACGGCAUCCCACAGAAAUCAGACACCACCUACGUCGAGAUCCUUAUCCUGGAUGCCAAUGACAACGCACCCCGCUUCCUGCGUGACCGCUACCAGGGCUCGGUUUUCGAAGAUGUGCCACUCUCCACCAGCGUCCUGCAGCUGUCUGCCACCGACCGUGACUCAGGCCUCAAUGGCCGUCUUCUCUACACGUUCCAAGGUGGUGACGAUGGAGAUGGCGACUUUUACAUCGAACCCACUUCUGGAGUGAUACGCACACUGCGCAAGCUGGACCGUGAGAAUGUGGCUGUCUACAGCCUGCGGGCCUUUGCUGUGGACAGGGGCAGCCCACCGCUGAAAGCCUCUGUGGAUAUCCAAGUGACUGUGCUGGAUAUCAACGACAACCCCCCCGUCUUUGAGAAGGAUGAAUUUGACAUCUUUGUGGAGGAGAACAGCCCUGUGGGCUCUAUUGUGGCACGGAUCAGUGCAGCUGACCCCGACGAGGGGACCAACGCACAGAUCAUGUACCAGAUUGUAGAGGGGAACAUCCCUGAGGUCUUCCAACUAGACUUGCUCAAUGGAGACCUCACGGCCCUGAUGGACCUGGAUUAUGAGAGCCGGACAGAGUACGUGAUCGUGGUGCAGGCCACUUCUGCCCCUCUUGUGAGUCGGGCAACGGUGCACAUCCGCCUGCUGGAUCAGAACGAUAACCCGCCCGUGCUGCAGGACUUCCAGAUCCUCUUCAACAACUAUGUGACCAACAAGUCUAACAGCUUCCCCUCCAGCGUGAUUGGCAAGAUCCCAGCUCAUGAUCCCGAUGUGUCUGACAGCCUGGCCUAUACCUUUGUGCAAGGCAAUGAAUUAAACUUGCUCCUUUUGGACUCUGCCACUGGGGAACUCAAGCUCAGUCGUGAUCUGGACAACAACAGACCCCUGGAAGCCCUCAUGAAAGUGUCUGUCUCAGUUUGUUUCGUGCUGCAGCCUUUCAUCCCUCAUUCACGGCUGGUGUUAGGGACCUGGCGGGCGCGCUGGGUGCGUGCCAUUGUCCCCGAGUUACUGAUCAACCGGAGGGGCCGGCGGGGCGCGGGGGGCCUGGUUACUGUGGCUACCGGCGGCAUCGCGCUCCGCUUCUCUGGUACAAGGGUCGUGCACGGCAGUGGGGAUUUGGUGGUUGACCGUUUGCAGAGGUAUAAGGUCACUCAUAUUGUUCUUGCGCUUGUGUGUCCACAGCAAGAAAAUUUUAAUGAGUCUUUCAUCAGUAGUAGCCAGAUCGUAUCUUCUCUAGGGCGUCACUCAUCUGGCCCCAGCAGAAUUAACGUGUUGAAUGCCCUGAGGCGUGAGUUCAACCAGGAGCGGGGCUCCCGAGUGCUGCCCUGGCUGAAGGGGAAGUUUCCCCAUUUGCUUCUGUGGGAAGUUCCCAAACUGGGUAUGAUUCAGCGGGGGCCAACAAUGUGGGUUUUUGAAGAUGCUCUCCUUGCGCCAAGUCGGGAGCUGCAGUCGCAGAGCUUGAGGGGUGCUGCCAGGAGGGAUGUCCCACGGCAAACCUGCGGCAGGGGCGGUCGGGGUGUUGCAGCAAGUGGGGGCUGUGUGCCGCUGCGGGAUUACAGCCCCGAACGGAGACGAUAG